ACCAAGUGAAUUGGGGACAGGUGCGCGUUGAGGACACAGCUGUGACGUCUCUUGCGAGCGGGAUAUCGUUGUCCCUCCGUCGAACAACUUAAAAUUAUUAUUUUACAGACUUUUAUUUGGUGUAUAUUUUUACAACGAUGUGGCCUUCCCGCAGCGGAAAAGACGUGAUCAAACACAGAGGGUGAGGUCCCACUGAGUGGUCAACAGUUCGUUUUAGUUGAGUCCAGGCAGGGCUGAGCCUCAAGCCACUCCACUGAGCUGCUCCUGUUGUUCACAAACACCGGAUUACUGCUCGGCAAGUAAAAAGAGGGAAGGUUUUUGUACCCACUAUGGACAGUAUGCUAGACAACCUGUCAAAAACUGAGUUUAUCAGCAUUUGUGUUCGGGAUCCAAGGCUUGUUAAAGACGACCUCUGGCAUGCACACGUCGACUAUGAGAUCUAUUUACAUACCAAUAGCAUGUGUUUUCGAAAGAAGACCUCCUGUGUAAGGCGCCGUUACAGUGAGUUUGUUUGGCUGCGUCACUGUCUGGAACAGAAUGCUCUCAUCAUAGAAUUACCCAAGUUGCCGCCCUGGAACCCCUUCUUCAGUCUAAGGAACAAAGAGCAGGUCUCACAAAGGAUGAAGGGCAUGCAGGAAUUUUUAGAAAAUGUUCUUCAAGCACCUUUGUCGUUAUCAGACAGUCGACUCCAUCUGUUCCUCCAGUCAAACCUCAGCAUCACAAAGAUCGAAAGGUGUGCUCGUGGUAAGACCAGGUACACAGUGGCUGAAGCCAUCCAGCGUUCCAACAGCGGUUACAUCGGUAGAUUAGAGGACAAAGCCUGCUGUGACUCUGACUGUGAAAGAAGCUCUUCAUCGUCGGGUUUGGGAGUAAGCGUGGACACUACAUUGCACAGAAGCUCCCUCCGCUUCUUUGAGUCCUCUGACCGAGACCCUGAGCUGUUGAAUUGUCUUUCAGAAUCCCAAACUCCACUGAUUGCGCCCUGAUGCCCUGUACAUAUACUUGACCGCCUUCGCCUCUGUUUGGUCAUCAGUGUAUCAGCUUGUUUGUGAUACUCCAUGGAGCUCUUGCUUUUCUUAUCUUUCAAAGGGCUAAAAGCUUUGUUUUACUUUUGUUAACUUCAUAAACUCCCUUUGACAUUGUUUUAAAUAUAAUUGCUUUAUAUCAUGGUCAUUUAAUUUGGUGUGUAUUUGGGGAAAAAAACAACAACCCUGUUUUAAAAAAUGUAUAGUAAACCUACAUUUAUAAUGUUGAAUUCUUAAAUAUCUCCUAUGUAUAUUUUUAUUUGCACUGAAGCUGUACUGAGGUUAGUAAGGGAUGUUUUGAAUUGUAGACAGGGUGUUUUUUUUUUUUUUUUUUUUUUUUUUUUAGAAAAAUAUUUGAAAAUACUUUUAUGACUUGUUAAUGGAUGAAUAAAUUGUCUUUUUUGAAGAAAAAAAACAA